CCCCAUGCGAAAGUUACUCGGCUUUGCCUAACUUUCUACUCAAGCCAAAAACACCUGUUAUCUUCUUUACCAACUCAAGAUCCCCCUUUCUUGCAAAGCAAGUCGAUCCAUCAUGUUAUAUAAUGCCAUCACCGAUUUACCAUAUCUCAUCUCUCACUCACCUUUUUUAUUCCUGCAGUGUAAUGGCAAGCCCGAACGACGCCGCUUCGAAUAUGUUAACGAAUUCUUGCUGGAAGAAGCCAUGUGAGGAAGGCGGAAGCGUUUGGGGCAACUUCAAGAAUCAGCUGAAUCAUUUCGUGCAUACCCCCGUGAAAGACCACACUCACUGCUUCAAACUCGCCUUGCUCACGGUGAAGGAUAAAUUCUCAACACCCGCAAAAUGGACCGUAGAUCAAAAUUCAUCUGAUUUGGGGGCUAAUGAUUCAAUGGAAUUGCCAUGGGAUCGUGACUUCACGUCAGUUUGUUGAGAUGUCACCGGUUAAUUAGUUUGUUGCUAUUAUUUUUCUUUUCUGGAUUGGAGGUUUAAAAUUAGGUUUCAUAUAUUAUUGUUAAAUUUUACAGUGUUGAUUCUGAAGCAUAUAUAUGUAUAUAUUUUUUUUUCAAAAUGAUUAUGAAGCAUAUGUAUUAGCUAGUAAUCACAUGUUUACGUUUAAUGAAUCUUUGUUGUGUGCUUA